CGGCGCUAGGGGUGGGCAGCCGCGGGGCGCGCAGGGCUCGGGCCGGAGUGGGGGUGGGGAAGGGGGGGGGGGACGCCGCCGCUCGCCCCCUCUCCGAGCUAAAUCUGUGCUGCCGUGCCCAGGUGCCGCUCUCCCGGACGGACACGGAGCCCCCAUCCCGGCCCGCAGCCGCCUUGUCAUGCUGCCCAAAGUGGAGACGGAAGCCCUGGGACUCGCCCGAGCGAAUGGGGAGCAGGGGCAGAUGCCGGAAACCAUGCAAGUGUCUCAGUUUAAAAUGGUGAAUUACUCUUAUGAUGAAGACCUGGAAGAACUGUGUCCAGUUUGUGGAGAUAAAGUGUCUGGUUACCAUUAUGGACUUCUCACCUGUGAAAGCUGCAAGGGAUUCUUUAAACGAACGGUCCAGAAUAACAAAAGGUACACGUGUAUAGAAAAUCAGAAUUGCCAGAUUGACAAAACACAGAGAAAGCGUUGCCCUUACUGUCGAUUUCAAAAAUGUCUAAGUGUUGGAAUGAAGUUAGAAGCUGUGAGAGCUGACCGAAUGCGUGGGGGUCGAAACAAAUUUGGACCAAUGUACAAGAGAGACAGGGCACUGAAGCAGCAGAAGAAAGCCCUUAUCCGAGCAAAUGGACUUAAACUGGAAGCCAUGACUCAAGUGAUCCAAGCAAUGCCCACUGACCUGACAAUAUCCUCUGCAAUCCAGAAUAUCCACUCUGCUUCCAAAGGCCUACCUCUGAACCAUACUGCCUUGCCUCCUACAGACUAUGACAGAAGUCCCUUUGUAACCUCUCCAAUUAGCAUGACAAUGCCACCUCAUGGCAGCCUACAAGGUUACCAAACCUAUGGCCACUUUCCAAGCCGUGCUAUCAAGUCUGAGUAUCCUGACCCUUACACUAGCUCUCCAGAGUCAAUAAUGGGCUACUCAUACAUGGAUAGUUAUCAGACAAGCUCACCAGCAAGUAUUCCACAUCUGAUAUUGGAACUCUUGAAGUGCGAGCCAGAUGAGCCACAAGUCCAGGCUAAGAUCAUGGCAUAUUUGCAGCAGGAGCAAGCUAACAGAAGCAAACAUGAAAAGCUCAACACAUUUGGGCUUAUGUGUAAAAUGGCUGACCAAACCCUCUUCUCCAUUGUUGAGUGGGCAAGGAGUAGCAUCUUUUUUAGAGAACUUAAGGUUGAUGACCAAAUGAAGCUGCUUCAGAAUUGCUGGAGUGAACUCUUAAUUCUAGAUCACAUUUUCCGGCAAGUGGUACAUGGGAAAGAAGGCUCUAUCCUUCUGGUUACUGGGCAACAAAUGGAUUAUUCAGUAAUAGCAUCUCAAGCGGGAGCCACCCUCAACAACCUUAUGAGCCACGCACAGGAGCUAGUAGCAAAACUUCGUUCCCUGCAGUUUGAUCUACGAGAGUUUGUGUGUCUCAAAUUCUUGGUGCUCUUUAGUUUAGAUGUCAAAAACCUUGAGAACUUCCAGCUUGUGGAAGGUGUUCAGGAACAAGUGAAUGCUGCUCUGCUGGACUAUACAAUGUGCAACUAUCCACAACAGACAGACAAAUUUGGGCAGCUUCUCCUGCGGUUACCAGAAAUCCGGGCCAUCAGUAUGCAGGCCGAAGAAUACCUCUACUACAAACACCUGAAUGGGGAUGUGCCAUGUAAUAACCUUCUCAUUGAAAUGCUGCAUGCGAAGAGAGCAUAAAUUAUACCCAUUAGAGCUUCUGCUUUCAAGAAAAAAAAAACACUCUGAACUGCUCCAAGCAAUGCUAAUUAAAAACUUGGUUUUAAGACUUUGCAAAAUGGUAUAAUAAUCAAAUACUUAAUAGUAAAUAAGUGAUGUAUCAGGGUAUUUGUAUUGCAAACUGUGAAUCAAAUGCUACACAUCCCCAAAGGAAUCUGUAUAGGACUUUGUACUGGAAUGAAACAAGCUUACUAGUGGAUCUACCACCAAUGUCAACAUGAAAAAAACCGGAACAAUUCUUAUAUAUUUAACUUUUCUGAUCGCCACUAUGAAGAAAUUUAGGAACAAACUGAUCUGUGUUAUUAAGCUAAUAUAGUGGAGAAAUUGAGUGCACUAAAAUCCUUCAUUGUACAGCAGGACUUCUAAAACAACUCUAAAGGAUGCAAAACUGCACCAUCAACAUCUUCUAUCAUCCUUCCAAGGACCCAACACUUACUUUGCCUGUGAUAAAUGUUGUGGCAACUAUUCAAUCUGUAAUAAAGGUCUGGAGUAGGCCACAUACUGUAUAGUAACUCCACCAAAUCAUAAAAGCCUCGUUUUGAAUGUCUGUGUCUCAGGCCUGCAAAUAGAUAAUAUGAAGAGUCUGUUAAUAAGUUAGCUUGACAUUCUUAAUAUGUUCUGAAGUUUGUUUUUUGUGUGUUCAUGUAAUUAAAUCAGGCAGUAUCCCUCUUCUACUAGUAUUACAUAGGAUGGAUAUAAAACAUCACAAAUAGUUGCUCCAAAGCAAAUUCGCCAAUUCAACCAUGUUUCAAUUACAGUGUCAAAAACAUGGCUCUGGCAUUGUCUAAGAUUUUCAUGCCAAAUAAGCUUGCUGAAGUUUCUCAGUCUUUUAGCCAUUGUUUAAAGUUAGUUUCUUUUAAAAAUAAAUAAAAUCUUCUCAGAUUUCAAAUGGUAACAUUGCUAAAUAAUGCAAGUCAACAUCUAAAGUGCAUUUAGCGAUGCAAAAAAACCAACAAUCAAAAUGUCUGAGCUGAUGAAGUCAAACUGCUUGCUAAGAAGUGAUCUUUAAAAUUAUCAAGAAAAGAAGAAAGUAAGUUUUAAACACAAAAUUUAAAUAAAACAAAUAUUUUUUUAAAAAAAAGUUAAGUAAUUAAAAUAUUCUACAUGGGUAAAGAAGAGUGAUACUGCCAUGUCUCUGUAGACCAAAGUCUGCUGCAGAACAAAUAUUGGAGAAGGACAAAUAAUUACAUCUCUAUCCAAAUGAAGAUAUCAGUAUUAUAACAUGUAGUGCCACAGUUAUGAAAGUCAUGCCUUAUUUCAUUAUCCUACAAAGUAACUGGGCAAAUGUGGAUCAACAUAUGUUUAAAAUAAGAGUAUUAAUACUUUACAUUAAAAAGAACCUAGUGUUUACAUUCUUUAGGUCCUGUGGGAAAAAAUCUGUGAUAAGAUUGCAAAGAAGUGAUUCCCUUAGUGUUGCUUUCUGAUUGGUAAUUAUUUUACCAGUACUGAAUUACUGUAUGUCGUGAGA